UUUUGAAAAAGGUUUGAAAGCAAUCAUGUAUUACCAUUUUUAUACUAAAGAAGAAGACACGGAUGAAGAGUAUUUGAAAAAGAAGCGCGAAGAAUUAGCGAAAGAGUUGGAAAUAUGGGAGAAGUAUUUAGAGGGUAAUUUUAUCGCUGGUCCUGAUUUUACCAUGGCUGAUAUUUAUGUCUUCACCUAUCUUGCAGUAUUGGUUCGUGGAAGUUUGCCAUUAGAUGCAAGACCGAAUAUCAAAAAAUACUACGAGAGCUUAUGCAAACGACCUUCUAUUCAAGCUUCAUGGCCACCGAGUUAUAAAGAAAGCUCUCCUACGCAGAUCUUUGCUGGUGUUUAGAUGAUUGCUACCUUAGCUUAAGCGUAACCACUCUUAAAAGUUUCCCAAUUUAAGAAAAGGAAACCAAUCACUCUUUAGUUCAAAAAUUAUUAAAUAAAAAGGAUUCUGGAAUCUUUAUGCUCUGAUAAUUAGGUGGCAUUUUAUCUUCCCUUUUAAGGUCCUA